AAUUAACAAAAUGGGUUCUUUGGCCAAAACAAAGAAGAAACCUCAUGUUGUGUGUGUUCCAUAUCCAGCACAAGGUCACAUAAACCCAAUGCUCAAACUAGCAAAACUUCUUCAUUUUAAAGCUGGUUUUCAUGUUACAUUUGUUAACACUGAAUACAUCCACAAACGUCUUCUCAAAUCUAGAGGUCGUAAUUCUCUAAAAGGUGUCUCAUCUUUUCGCUUUGAAACCAUUCCGGAUGGUCUACCUGAGUCCGAUGUGGAUGUUACACAUGAUUUUCCUUCCUUGUGUGACUCAACUAGAAAAACUUGCCUACCUCACUUUAAAAACCUUAUUUCAAAACUCAAUAAUGCUUUUGACACCCCUCCUGUUACAUGCAUAGUUUCUGAUGGUUGUAUGAGCUUUACUUUGGAUGCUGCACAAAAAUUUAACAUCCCUGAAGUCCUGUUUUGGACAACUAGUGCUUGUGGUUUUAUGUGCUACGUUCAAUAUCGUCAAUUCAUUGAAAAGGGCUUAAUACCACUCAAAGGUAAAUCGGUUGUUUUUGUUGGACGGAUGCAAAUACUCAUUUAUUGUUAGAUACAAAAAUGGAUUUAAUGGCCAUACACCAUUAAUAUAAAAAAA